GUGAGAAUUGUUGAUGCUGAGUUUCUUUGCUAUUGUGUUGAAAUUUGAGGUCAAAAAUGAUACUCUUCUUCCUUCUUCCAUUAUGGGCAUCUCCAGUUUUUUCAUCUUCAGAGAAACUAAGUUGUUUUCCUGGAGACUUUGACGUCGAUUUAUCAGAUGGAAGAAAAGCUCACGUAGAUGGAGCGGAGGUGAGAAUCCAUUUCCAAAGAGACAAUGUCCGCGUCAACACAAAUCCCAUAAAUAUGAAUGGAACCAUGUUUCAGAUAAGCGAAACAAUCCUAAUUUUUAAAGGCAGCUUGUCUAUAGAGAAUUCAGGUGCACCACCCCAAAUAAUUGAUCAAGAAGUUAAUUUCCAAAUGAAUGGUGUUGGACAAUUAGAGGAACAUCAGCACAAGACUAAACUUACUAACUGUCAAAUUGAUUUAGUGAGCAAUGAGUCCGAUAGUUUGGAAAUUCCUCGAGAAGUUGAAAAAGAAUUUGAAAAAGUUGCACAUAAUGGCGUCAGCUAUCAAAUGUGCAAAAGAAUUGGAACUAUCCUUCCCGAAGAUUUUACCACUUCAACAAAUUCUGACGAUUUUGGGUCAAUUCCUAUUUAUCCUGAACUAAAAAGAUCAGGUCGAUUUCGUCGAAGCGCACCUGCGCAAGGAGCGGAUCAACAGCUGCUUGCGCUUGUCAACGGAAUCGUCGACACGGCCUUGGCUGGACUCGUCAACAAUUUAUCGAAAAGACAUCAAUACAAAAUAAAGAUUCCAAACGUAUACAAUAAAAAAUUUAAAGUUGCAGCUGGUUCUAUUUUCGAAUCAUAUGGUUAUCUUGAUGCCAUAAAUGGUCAUUUUAGCGAUCUCACUACUUUGAAAAAAACAAAGAACGUAGAAGUUGGACGAAAGGGCGACAAAUUGAUGGCAGAUACUGGGUUUGGACUUACCUCGGCCAGAUUUGAUUACAAUUUAUUCAAGGUAAGAUACGGUCCUGUUGAAGUCAAGGGGAAGCUGGUCGCAGAUAUUGACGGAUUCGCCAUCUCCUCUAAAAUUACCGUGGAUUAUGGUCGGCAUCCUUGUAAAACUAGACUAGAAAAAUUUCAGAUUUCGGAAUUUGGAAAUAUAAAGAUCACUGUCCAUGGUUUAGGAGCACUUGAUGACUUAACUUCCCAUUUCAUGACUUGGGUAACAAAGAAUUGGAAACAAAAUAUUUCAAAGCUGAUUGAAAAAAAAGGUAAAAUGAGACUCCAGGAGGAAAUCGGCAAAAUUAAUUGUGAAAAGUUCAGGCCGUUUUAAAUUUUAAAUGUGUAAACCUAAAUACUGGUCACAGCAAUGUUGAAAUAAAUCUUUAGAAAUAUAUUCAGGACCAUUUUUUUAAAAUUAGAUAUCAGUUU